AUGGCUUCAGCGCCAUUACCGGCCCUACGCGGGCAGAGAAUACACGAUUGCUCCAUUAAACUCGACGAUGACGAUAUCAACACGUCCGCACCCCAGAGCUCGCGCGAAUUGUCUGCUUUCCCGCUUCCUGUCACGCUCCGCAUCUUCUUCGACCCUACCAAACGCACUGCCUUCUUCCGCCUUUAUACAAACGUAGAGCUCAGCAUCGAUACACAGACUCGCUCCACGACUUUCUACCUCGAUAUAUUCCCUGACAAGGUCCACACACUGUCCCUGCACGGCCAGGAUGCCCCUGGACCUAUAAGAACGGGACCGCAAUUAGCAACGAGAUGCCUGAACUUCCACCUCCGCGCACCUGGCUCUAUUAGACUUGUCGCGCCCCAAACAGUGCCGUUGGGCCCACUACAUCCUGCCACACCCGCUGCUCAGGCCAUUUUCUGUUCUCUGCGGCACAUCACGACGCAAUCUACCAUCUGUGUACUACUUCCUCCGAUCGCCGAUGACUUACCGCUAGACACCUGCUGCCACGCUAUAUCAACGCAGGACCUUUUCGUGACCCCACUGCGCCCAGAUCCCGGGCUGGUCAAUUUACGCACACUGUAUGGUGGAGAGGGGGGCCGAACCGUUGAUAUCGACCGGGAGCUGGCCUUGCCCUCUGCCGGCCCAGGAUCAUCGUCGCCCUCGGCCUUUCCGCCUCCCGCUUAUGGCGCGCCCGCGUCCCUGGCCCCGGUGCCGUCGCUCCUGCCAACGACAGCCCCUGAGACGCCCCAAGGGAAGAAGAGGCGUCAGUCACGUUCGCCUCCGAUCCCGUGCUCAGACUCAAGCUCUCCUGACUAUCGGUUGUGGGCUCAUCUCAACCUGGCUGUGGGUGAGAGGGAAAAGAUGAUGGCCGAACUGCUUAGGCGCGCAGAUAAGAAAGAGAAUGCAUUGAACCAACUGUUGACUGAGGUCGCUGAGUCCGCUCGCCACCUGAGAGAGUUAGUCGCUGUUGCUAAGGAGAGCGAGGCAGCGCUGGGUGACCGUGUCCCUGAGGCAGAAAGGCAAAAGGGCGGGACGGUCUCGCACCAGGCGGCAGGACUGCAAUCGCUAGUAAAUGCGGCUACGCCGACGGCGCCAUCCCCCCAGCGCUCACCCUCGUCGACUGUGUCUGUCGCUUCGAACAUCUCCGACCGUGUCCAGGCCUACGUCAACGCUCGGCUCGAAGAGCUGGGCGAAGAAAUCCGAAACCGGGGCUAUGUGACGGCAGACGAUGUGGACAGCGUCCUCUACGAGGGCGGGUACGUGAAUGAGGAUGCCAUGGCGGAAGCUAUUGAGGAAGCCGUCGACAGUGCGAUGGACAAGGUUCGGGACAGGAUCCUGGAUGCGUUCUCGUAG